AUGGCGAACGUUGUCGAUACUAAAUUAUAUGACAUCCUUGGGGUGCCACCCACUGCCACUGAAAAUGAGUUAAAAAAGUCAUACCGGAAGCUGGCAAAGGAAUAUCACCCCGACAAGAAUCCAAAUGCAGGCGACAAGUUCAAGGAGAUAAGUUUUGCAUACGAAGUGUUGACUAAUCCAGAGAAGAAAGAGCUCUAUGAUCGCUAUGGGGAGCAGGGCCUGCGGGAAGGAGGUGGAGGUGGCGGGGGGAUGGAUGACAUCUUCUCCCACAUCUUUGGUGGUGGACUCUUUGGCUUCAUGGGUGGACAGGGGCGUAGCCGAAAUGGUGGUAGGCGAAGAGGAGAGGACAUGGUUCACCCACUCAAAGUUUCAUUGGAAGACCUGUACAAUGGGAAAACGACUAAACUGCAGCUGAGCAAGAAUGUUCUUUGUGGCACUUGUAAUGGUCAGGGUGGGAAGACGGGGGCCGUUCAGAAGUGUGUGGCCUGCAGGGGUCGUGGUAUGCGCAUCAUGAUCAGACAGUUGGCUCCUGGGAUGGUCCAACAGAUGCAGUCAGUUUGCACCGAUUGUAAUGGAGAAGGUGAGGUUAUCAAUGAGAAAGACCGCUGUAAAAAGUGUGAGGGCAAGAAGGUGAGCAAGGAGGUGAAAAUCCUGGAGGUCCAUGUCGAUAAAGGCAUGAAGCACGGACAGAAGAUCACCUUCGGAGGGGAAGCGGACCAGGCACCUGGGGUGGAGCCGGGAGACAUUGUCCUCGUCCUGCAAGAGAAGGAACACGAGAUAUACAAAAGAGAGGCCCAUGACCUGCACAUGACCCAUAAGAUUGGCCUCGUUGAAGCACUUUGUGGAUUCCAGUUUACAUUGAAACACUUGGAUGGCAGACACAUUGUAGUCAAGUACCCUGCUGGCAAGGUCAUUGAACCAGGCUCCAUCAGAGUUGUUCGAGGAGAGGGAAUGCCACAGUACCGUAAUCCUUUUGAAAAAGGAGACCUCUAUAUUAAAUUUGAAGUGCAGUUCCCAGAUAACAACUGGAUCAGCCCUGAGAAACUCACAGAGCUAGAGGACUUGCUGCCAAUCCGUGCCGAGACUCCCAUAGUAUCUGGGGACGCGGAGGAGGUGGACCUGCAGGACUAUGACGUUAGCCAGGGCUCGUCUGGAGGCCGACGCGAGGCCUACAACGACAGCUCAGAUGAGGAGGGAGGUCACCACGGCCCGGGAGUCCAGUGUGCGCACCAGUAGCACCUAGUGCAUGGGAAGCUGUAUGUGUUGCCCAGCAGAAAUGGUGUGGUUCAGACUUUCUGGUUUGCCUUCACUAUGAUUAAAACCUAUCCACCCUUUCACUUUCCCCACUGUAAUAAACGCACAGCCCUCCCAGUCCCUAUCACUCAUCUCUCCAUGUGGCAACACCAGAUAAGACAGAAAAAGGUCUCCUUCGCUUGGUGUGUAACUGGCAUUUUUGUUCAUAGUAUUUACAAUUUAAACUAACCAUAAAAAUGCAGUUUUGGUCUCAGUUUCCAGACUACAAGUCAAGGAGAGUCUAAAAACAUUUUCUUUAGGUUUGUAUUUGUGCUUCAUUUUUACCGCUUUAUUUUCUUUCUAGGUUUUUACUUUUGUUUUCCUUUCAAUGUUUUAAAAUUCAAAGAGAAGACAUUGUGUAUAAUAUUAAAGUGAUUGUCAGUAAGCUUUAUCUGCUGCGCCUAUACGAACUGGUGUGAUAAGACAAAAUUAUAUUGCCUGUAUCUGUUCUCAACCCAGGUGCAUGUUAACACUGCAUUGGUUCCUGCACUGAUUGAACAUUCAAUCUAAUGCAAAGUUGAGUAAACGAUUAUUUCAAAGCAGCGUCAAUUCUGUGAAACAUGGUUGAAGAAGUUGUUAAAUAAACAUUUGUCAAAUUCAGCAGAA